AUGGCAGACAAAGAGCUCAUCACUCUCACAUACCUAGAUCGCAUUGCGAUCAUCACGUUCAAUCGCCCCGAGAAGCUGAACGCCCUCAACGCUGAUCUCUACUAUCUGCUUGGUGAGCGGUUACGGGAAAUCGAGAAGCGAGAUGAUAUCUUCAUCACCGUCCUGACAGGAACUGGUCGUUUCUUCUCCGCCGGAGCAGACGUGACCUCCACCCGGCCAGGCGGCGGCCUGAACAGCGACACCCGGCGAGAGAUCACCCGCACCUUCGUCGUCAACAACCUCGACCUCACCCGCACCGUCUACAACCACCCCAAGAUCCUCGUCGCCGCACUCAACGGCCCAGCAGUCGGUCUCUCCGCCGCCCUCGUGGCCUUCGCCGACUUCGUCUACGCCGCCCCGCACACCUUCCUCCUGACCCCAUUCUCCUCCCUCGGUCUCGUCGCCGAGGGCGGCGCCUCCCGCGCCUUCGUAGAGCGCCUGGGCAUCUCCAAGGCCAACGAGGCGCUCAUCAUGAGCAAGCGGAUCACCUGCGAGGAGCUGGUGGCCACCGGCUUCGUGAACAAGGUCAUCUCCGCUCCGUCCGGCAAGGCCGAUGACUCGGCGGGUUUCCUUAAGAAGGUACUCGAGGAGGUCGAGGAUCGUCUGGGUACGCAUCUGAACCAGUCGAGUUUGCUCAAGAUCAAGGAGCUCAUUCGUCGUCCGGAGCGGGAGCUGCUCGACCGUCAGAAUACGUAUGAGGUGUUUGCGGGCAUGGAUCGGUUCGUCAAGGGGUAUCCGCAGGAGGAAUUUCGCAAGUUGGCCUCGGGUGAGAAGAGGCAUAAGCUGUAG